UUACUUUUUUAUUAACUUUGACAUUUGUAAUGUUUUUAAAUAACUAAAUUUAUAAUCUAACUUAUUAAUAUUUGACUAAUUAUUUGUUUUUACUUUUGCAAAUCGUACCGACUUACAUAAUAGUUUUUCAGUAUCUUUUUAAGCACUAUUCAACAUAUUCAAUUUAAAACUUUUACUAUAUAAUUUACACUUAGUGUUAGCUAAAUAAAAAUUAAAUAAUAGUAUGAUGAUGGAAUCUAGGUUUUCAACUUCUGAAACUAUUAGUGCAAAGGUCUGUCCAAUUUACUUAAAAUUGAAAUUUCAACAAGCGAAACGGAGACAAGAAACAUUAGUUAUUCAGAGACAAAAACGCGAUGAAGAAAUUACAAAAAGAAGGAACAUUGAUAAUAAUGAAAGUACUGUGGAUAUGGAAGUCGAAAGCAAAAAAAGUUGGCCAUAUACUCCAAAUAGCGAAGCAUAUGAACUCGCAACUUCUAUGAUGUAUUCUGAAUGGUUGUUAGAAGUUCCUGAAAAUAUUGAUGACUGGAUAGCAGUUUUGUGUCCUGAAGGAAAGCGUUGUUGCGUUAUUGCCCAAGACAAUAAAACAAAAGCAGUUAACAAAAAAGGUACUUCGAUCAAUUUUUUUCCUUCAUUGUUUCCGUAUGGUUGUCAUAAACCAAGUAACAGUCCAUCACAUCGCAAGCGCACAGUUCUAGAUUGUAUUUAUAAUUUUAAAUUGAAAAAGUACUUUGUAUUAGAUGUCAUUGAGUGGAUGGGUGUACCGUAUACUAAUUUUGAUGCUGAAUUCAGGUUUUAUUUUAUUCAAAGUAAAUUAGCUGAAUUACCAGGCAUUGAUCAAAAAUCAGUGAAGAAUAAUUACCCAUUUGAGCUUGCUCCACGGAUGUUAGCAAAAGACUGCUAUCCAUUACUUCUAGAAAAAAGUGAAUUUUUUACUGACGGUAUUCAGUUAGAUGGUAUUAAUUUUUACUAUCCAGAAAGUUUGUACACUCCUGGAGAUACUCCGUUGGUUCUUUGGCUUAAGCCAUUUAUGAUUCCUGAAAUUUUACAAAAACCAGUCAAUGAUCAACUCUUACAACUACCUUAUAAUUAUGUUAAUAUAUUUGAAUAUAUUCAGAGUCCUGAAAAAAAAAUAAAAAAAUUCAGAAAAAAGCGAACUUCUUGUAAUAGUGAUAAAAUGGAUGUUGACAAUUUGGUUGAGGUGGAAGUACAAAAAGAACUUACAUCUGAACAAGGAAUGUCUGUGGAAAAUUAAAUUGCAUGCCAAAUUCUUUACCUAAAGUCAUCAUCGUGUCGUCGAAGACCACUUCCGCCGUUCGUCGUCAUAAUGUAAAAACCUCUUCAAACUCAAUCGUUACUAAACAUUAUUAAUGUUAAUGUUAUGUUAUAUAUUAUGCGAAAUAAAUACGUUGAAAACUA